AACAGCAAGAAGCAAACAAAACAGACACAAUCCUCAAAAUUCACUACUUUCUCUCUCUAAACUUGCCUACAUUUUUUUCCACUUCUCUCUCUAAAAUCCCCAUAGCCCAGUUUCCAAAAUGUCCAAACAGACAUACAGAGUGUGUUUCUGCUUCCGGAGGAGGUUCAGAUUGGCGGUGGCAGAGGCACCACAAGAGAUCAAAUCUUUAUUUGAUCAAUACUCUGAUAAUAAUGGUCUCAUGUCUAUAGAUCAACUCCGUCGAUUUCUGGUGGAGAUCCAAAAACAAGAUAAUGCUACUACUGAAGAUGCUCAAGCUAUCUUUAAUAAUCUUCAUGAGCUUAAACAUUUGAAUAUAUUUCACCGUAAAGGCCUCAAUCUUGAGGCCUUCUUUAAAUACCUCUUCGGUGAUAUUAAUCCUCCUCUCGAUGUUAAACGUGGGGUGCAUCAUGACAUGACUUGUCCUCUGUCACAUUAUUUCAUAUAUACUGGCCACAAUUCUUAUUUAACUGGGAAUCAACUAAGUAGUGACUGCAGUGAUGUUCCCAUCAUACAAGCACUACAAAGGGGUGUGAGAGUAAUUGAAUUGGAUAUAUGGCCUAAUUCCACCAAAGACAAUGUGGAGGUUCUUCAUGGAAGGACACUGACAACUCCUGUGGAACUUAUCAAAUGUUUGAGGUCUAUCAAGGAGCAUGCCUUUCGUGCAUCAGAUUAUCCAGUUGUCAUAACUCUAGAAGACCACCUUACGCCAGAUCUUCAGGCUAAAGUGGCUGAGAUGAUCACUCAAACAUUCGGAGAUAUUCUGUUUACUCCUGGCUCAGAAUGCUUAAAGGAAUUUCCAUCUCCAGAAUCUUUGAAGAAACGAAUUAUAGUAUCUACCAAACCACCUAAAGAAUAUCUUGAAGUCAGAGAAAUCAGGGAGAGGGAAGGCGAUUCACAGAGUGGGAAGCUUGGAUCUGAUGAAGAAACUUGGGGGAAAGAAAUCCCUGACCUUAAAGGCCAUUUUCGGGUUGAUGACAAGAAUGAAUUGGAUGAAGAUAAUAAUGAUGAUGAAGAUGCUGCUCCUGAUGGAGAUAAUAAGUCACAGCAAAAUAUAGCACCAGAAUAUAAACAUUUGAUUGCUAUUCAUGCUGGAAAGCCUAAAGGUGGAAUAGAAGAGUGUCUGAAAGUGGACCCUGAUAAAGUCAGGCGUCUUAGCUUAAGUGAACAACAGCUCGAAAAGGCUGCAGAAACUCAUGGAAAAGAAAUAGUCAGGUUUACCCAGCGAAAUAUACUUAGGGUUUACCCAAAGGGUAUUCGGGUCGACUCAUCCAACUAUAAUCCACUAAUUGGGUGGAUGCAUGGAGCUCAAAUGGUUGCUUUUAAUAUGCAGGGACAUGGAAGAUCACUUUGGUUGAUGCAAGGAAUGUUCAGAGCAAAUGGUGGUUGUGGUUAUGUGAAGAAACCAGAUUUCUUAUUGAAAUCUGGGCCACAUGGUGAGGUAUUUGAUCCUAGAGCUAAGUUGCCUGUGAAGACAACAUUGAAGGUUAAAGUAUAUAUGGGGGAAGGAUGGUACUAUGACUUUGAUCGGACUCAUUUUGAUGCAUAUUCCCCUCCAGAUUUUUAUGCAAGAGUGGGAAUUGCAGGGGUUCCUGCAGAUACUAUAAUGAAGAAGACUAAGACACUGGAGGACAACUGGAUACCUGUGUGGAACGAGGAAUUUGAGUUUCCAUUGACUGUUCCAGAAUUGGCUUUGCUUCGGGUUGAGGUACAUGAAUAUGACAUGUCUGAGAAGGAUGAUUUUGGAGGUCAAUCAUGCCUUCCUGUGUCUGAGUUAAGGAAAGGGAUUCGAGCAAUUCCACUCCAUGACCGUAAAGGAGUUAAAUACAAUUCUGUAAAGCUCCUCGUCCGUUUUGAUUUUGUUUGAGUGUGUUAGUGGUCCAUGGACAGAAUGUACAAAUUUGUGAAGCUUUUUCAAUGUAUUUGAUGUUGUGAGCUGGUGUGCUGUUAUUCAAUUCACAUUGUUGUGUAACAUAAUAACAUCUGUCCUGCCUGUUUCUCUGUAAGUUGUGACUAAGAUGGUGCAGGCAAUUUGGGGUAUACUUGUUGUAAAAAGUGGUGAUAUAUAUAUUACAUUUAUUACACA